GUUUUGUGGCGUCUCGGAUUUAAAACGUAUUCGCUGAAGUUUAUACACACUGAAUGUGUGAGUGCAAGUGUGAGUGUUAAUUCAACAAGGAAAUUGGCAAACGAAAUUAACGUACGCUCUACGAAUCCGAACAAAUAACCGAAUACCCAGCUACUCUCUACGAAAUUAAUCAAAAUAAAAAGUGUGAAAAAAGUGGAAAAUGAAUUUCUUUGUUAUUGGAUUUCUCAUCAUGCAGGCGGCAAGAUUGGCUUGCGGGACGUGCGUUUUUAUGUCCGAUUACGGUUUCACACUCGAUUGUAACUUCAAAAAGUCUGGACUGUUUCGUGUACGAAAUUUGGGUGGCGUAAAGGCACAUUUCGGUUUAGGUCUCAGUGUGGGCGAUGAGUUGGGAUUUAAGGAUUCACUGAGCAACUUAGAAAGCGAUCGUCGCCGUGCUAUCAGCUAUAGGAAUGGACCCCCAGAAUUAAUUGGAACGCUGCCCUCCGCAAAGCAGCAGGAGUUAAAUGUACCUGUGCAACAGCCCCUGCCCGAUAAACGAAUUUCCUCCCGAUCGACGGGACCGCUGCCAUACAAUCUGCAGCUACUGCAGCAGGGUCAAGGGUUCGUGAUGAAGCAGCAAUCACAGCCGCAAUCACAACUCAUGACGGAGGCGCGACCAUUGACAUUGGGUGUACCUGCUUUCCGGCCUAUACCACAAAAGGCCGUGGUCAACGAGCCGUUGCCAACAGCUCUAAACGCUCAACGUCGCAUUGCAGUGGACACAACUCAGCCGCGGGUUAGCGUCAAUAAUAGAUUGGUAGAUACCAAUGAGAAACCGCACUCCAAUCGCACUUUCCAUGCGGAUAAUCCCGUGGUAUCUCAACCUGUGGCGGUGCCUGUUUUCCAAGCCAUGCCGCAGUCCAUUGCCCGUAUUGCCAAUGUGGGCAAGUCGGAUGUGGAACAGCCCGAGCAGCGUACUGUGUCCAAGAAUCCCAAUUAUCUGCAAUUCGAGGAGCCCAAAUUUGAUUUGAAGGAUGUCACCGUCGAGGAACUUGCCGCUGCUGCAAAUGUCACUGUGGACACGAUUAAGCAUGCAAUCUAUGUGCGUGAGCAACAACUAAAGGCGGAGCAUCGGGCCAUGCUGGCAUCCAAAUUGCGUGAGGAAUUCAUGAGGACGUCUACUGUAAAAACCACAACCACAACGACGACAACAACACCAAAGCCUCGACAGCUGGCCGAGCACAAAGUCUCCAAGGUUAUGAAUGCGCCCAAGGAGUAUUAUCCUGUAGCCUACGACAAGAAUUUCGAUGACAAUUUCAAGGCAAAGGUUGAUCUGCCUCCGACGAGUUUCUCCUGCACCAGACAAAAGCACUUUCCAGGCCUCUAUGCGGACACAGAUUUGGGUUGCAUGGUGUUUCAUGUGUGUGCCCUUACUGACGAUGGCAUGGUGAGGAAAUCUUUUCUGUGCCCAGAGAAUACGCUCUUCGAUCAGACCAUACUCAAGUGCAACUGGUGGUUCUAUGUCGACUGCAGUUCCAGCACUAGCGUCUAUGACUCCAAUAUUCCCAUCUCGAAGAGCUAUCAGUUGAUGAAGAGCCUGACGUACUUCUCCAAGUACAAUGGCCACAAGAAGGAGCAGGAUGGUGAUAAGGAUGAAAACGCCGUUGACAUCGACACAUUGCGAGAGUCCAUGGAGGGCGUCUCUCGCCGCUUGGAGCAGGCGAAGAAUGCGCAAAUCCAGUUGGAUGCAGUGCAGCAGGCGGCGGCAAGUGAACCAAAGGCCGAGCAUGAGCAUGUUGUGCCCGAGGGAGAGAGCCAGCAGCAGUUGUCUAACUAGAUUUAGUCCAUCUAAUUGCUAUCUGAGAUCUAGGUUAAGUUGAAGUUCAUGAUCGAGCAUCUCUGGUCGAUUUGCCGUACAUAGUCAAUGCCUUGCGAAAGCCAAACGAUUGUCUGUAGUUUCUGGCCAAUCACAAAUCAUCAUCAUUUCCUAUGGCAGCGCCUAUGCCAGGUCCUAGCUGUAGUCCCUAUAUCUAUCCGUAAUUACUUAGCUUUAACUUUAAGUGGAUCAGUUUCUAGUUAAACUAUUUGCAUAAUGCAAUUCUAUGAGUAAGUGUAUGUUUGAGACAAUGUGCGGUUAGUGUUAUUUUGUACUUUUAUUUAUUUAUUGUAUUUUUCGACAAAAUAAAACACGUUAUCCCCAUAAACAAAA